AGCUUUCAUUUAACUAACAAAUCAACAAUGUUGAUUCGGAGCCUUGUAGCUACUGUUCUGGUAUUCCAGGCAUGUUUAGCCGUUCCCUUCGGUUUGAAACCCAGGAUCACCGAUGGUGAAGAUGCCACACCAGGUGAAUUCCCUUACCAGGUCUCUAUUCAAUGGGGUGUUCCACCUUUUAUUCCUUACAAUCAUGCUUGCGGUGGUUCGAUUCUGAAUGAGAAUUAUGUCUUGACUGCUGGACAUUGCAUUAUGAAAAUUGGCAAGCUUAAAGUCUUCGCUGGCAAACAUUAUCUUCUUAAAGAUGAGACUACUCAGCAAGAAGUUGAGGUCCAAAGGGCUUAUGUUCACGAAAAUUAUCCAGGGGGUAUUGCUCCAUAUGAUAUUGCUAUUCUAAAAUUGAAGACUCCUCUUAUACUAAACAAAAGAGUAUCCGCUGUUCACUUACCCAAACAAGAUGAGGUACGAACCGGAAAUGCUGUGCUUUCUGGUUGGGGUUCUGUCUCCAAGGAAUUGCUUCCAGUACUUCCUGAAGUUCUUCAAAAGGUUACUGUUCCCUUGCUAGACAACAAAUCCUGUCAAAAUAAAUUUCCGAAAGAUAUCGUUGGUACACCAAAAGUCUAUGAUACAAUGAUCUGCACUGAUGCCGUUAGGGAAACAUCCGCUUGCUCUGGGGAUUCUGGUGGUCCAUUAGUUCAAAUUGAAAAUAACGUUUCCGUUCAAAUCGGUGUUGUUUCAUGGGGAGUCUAUCCAUGCGGCUUCAUUAAAUUACCUUCUGUCUAUACUCGUGUAGCUUCUUACACUAAUUGGAUCAAUAAUAUUAUAAAUUAUAAAAUGAAGCUGUUUGUUGAAUUAUCAUCAAACAGCAACAUGUUUCCCAAAGCAAUCGUUUUCUUCGCUCUCCUAGCGUUGGCGGUAACCGAGAAACUCCAUCUCGGUUUCCGUAUGCCGCCGAUCUAUCCGCCUUAUUUCCGCCCGAUCACACCGCAAAUUGUCGGGGGUGAGGAAGCACCAGAAGGAGGUUACCCAUACAUCGUUUCUCUUCAAAUUUCUGGUCAACACUUUUGUGCCGGAUCUAUUAUAAACAAAGAUUGGGUUAUGACGGCGGCACAUUGCGUUGAAGCAGUUUCUUCGCCAAGUAGUCUUAGAGUCGUAGCUGGAAAACAUAACAUUAUGAGGACCGAGGAUAGUGAACAAACAGUUCGAGUAUCGGAAAUGUUUAAACAUGAAAGAUACGGAGGUGGCGUGGGUCCAUAUGAUAUUGGUCUGCUUAGACUUCAAAGUUCAUUGGAGAUCACAGAUAGAGUACAGCCCAUCGAAUUGGCUGAACCAGAAAGUGAUCCAACGGGAGAGGCAUGGCUUAGUGGAUGGGGUUCCACAUCGAGAGGUAUUUUCCCAGAUAUGCCCGAUAAACUUCAACAAGUUCAGAUGGAAUAUGUCGAUCGCGAUACCUGUUACGAAGCUGUGCUAAAGCUGACUGGAUCUUCUCCCGUUCAUGAAACUAAUGUCUGCACUGGACCGUUGCACGAAGGAAUCUCCGCAUGCAGUGGUGACUCCGGUGGCCCCCUAAUCUCGCGUAUAGGAGGAAAACCGAUACAAACUGGAAUAGUUUCUUGGGGUAUUAUUCCAUGUGGUAGUGACGGUGCACCAUCCGUAUACUGUAGAGUAUCUGUAUUUAUCGAUUGGAUUAAUAAUAUAAUAACGAACAAUUAAUAACGAUUAUAUUGACGACGUAUCGAUGUAUACUGAUGACGAAUUAUAUAAUAUAUUAUUCAAUGUAAAAUAAAUAUGCAGCAUAAAUAAA